AUGAUUUCCAAAGAGGAAGCUAAACAAUAAGAUCAAAGUAAAAAAGCAUAAAAGAACAAAAAUAAAAAGAAGGAAGCUAAAGGUAAUAACAAAAAGAAUCAGAAGGAUGCUGAUUCAGAUGAUGACUUUUUAGAUUAAUUAAUAUAAUAAAAUUAAGAAGCCUAAAAAUAGUAAUAAAUACAAUAAUAAUAACAAUAAGUAAUAGAAGAUAAGAAAAAAUAAUUGGGACCAGAUUAUAAUGAAGGAGAUCCCAUUGUAUAUAUUUAUAAUUAUAUUCAAAGACUAAUUCAAGAUUCGUCGAUAAUUCUGGUAUCAGAAAAUUAGGAAAUUGGGAAGAGAAGGAAUGGAAACAAACUCAACCACCAACAAUUCCAGUUUCCAAAUAGUUUCCUUAAGCUGUUUAUCCAAAAGGUUAAGAAAUUCCAUAUUUGGGUGAAAAGUCAUCAAGAAUUAGUAAAGAUGAAAUGAGAGAAAAGGACUUGAUUCAUGAACAUUAAUUAUAAUCUUUGAGAAAGGCAGCUGAAUGUCAUAGAUAAGUAAGAUAAUAUGCUUAAGCUAAAUUGUUGAAACCAGGAAACAAGUAUUUAUUAAUAUAUAUAUAUAUAUAGAUUGAUAGAUAUAUGUGAGAAAUUGGAAAAUAUGAAUAGAUAUUUAGUAGAGGAAAAUGGAUUAAAUGCAGGUAUAGCAUUUCCAACAGGUUGUUCUUUAAAUUUCUGUGCAGCUCAUUAUACACCAAAUAAUGGAGAUAAUACAAUAUUAGGAUAUGAUGAUGUUUGCAAAAUAGAUUUUGGAACAUAAGUAGAUGGAUGGAUUAUAGAUUGUGCAUUUACUGUUGCAUUUAAUCCAGUUUAUGAUACUUUAUUAUAAGCAGCUAAAGAUGCAACUGAUACUGGAAUCAAAAAUUCUGGAAUUGAUGUUAGAUUAGGAGAUGUUGGAGCAGCAAUAUAAGAAACUAUGGAAAGUUAUGAAGUUGAAAUUGGAGGAAAAGUUUAUAAAGUUAAAUCAGUUAAAAAUUUAAAUGGACAUUUGAUAUGUAAAUAUCAUAUUCAUGGGGGUAAAAGUGUUCCAAUUGUCAAAUCAAAUGAUAAUACUUUAAUGAAAGAAGGAGAAUUAUAUGCAAUUGAAACAUUUGGAUCAACUGGAAAAGGAUAUGUAAAUGAAGAUUUGGAAUGCUCACAUUAUAUGAAAGAUUUCUAUGCAAAACCUACAGCUGUUAGAGUUCCAAAAGCUAAAUCACUCUUAACUCACAUAGAUAAUCAUUAUGAUACUUUGGCAUUCUGCAGAAGAUUCCUAGAUAGAGAUGGCUAAUCCAAUUAUUUAUUGGGAUUGAAAAAUCUAUGUGAUUUAGGAAUUGUUAACCCGUAUAAAUAAUAAAUCAUUUCAUAGAUACCCUCCCCUUUGUGAUAUCAGAGGUUCCUAUGUAUCAUAAUAUGAACAUACUAUAUUCUUAAAGCCAAGCUGUAUAGAAGUCCUUUCUAGAGGUGAUGAUUAUUGAA